UUGUUGAAUAUAUAUAACUGUUAUAGGAGAUAAACACAAAUGAUGGCCUCACCGUCUGAACUAAGCCUUGAAUGCAAACCCCACAGCUAUUCUAUGCUGCUAAAAUCUUUUGGAGAGCAGAGUGAUCACAAGACACAAAAGCUCGAGGAGUUCCUUGCUCGUCUGGAAGAAGAACGGCUCAAGAUCGAUGCAUUCAAGCGUGAGCUUCCUCUCUGCAUGCAACUUCUCAACAAUGCCAUGGAAGAUUCAAGGCAGCAGCUGCAAAGCUACAGAGCAAAUGAAGUGCCACGACAAGUUCUCGAAGAAUUUAUUCCCCUUAAACAUUCAAGUGCUGAAGGAUCGGAAAAGGAAGCAAACAUGUCUGAUAAGGCAAAUUGGAUGACUUCUGUGCAGCUGUGGAGCCAAACCAAUGAUGAAACCAAUCAACAAUCUCAUUUGACAUCUCCUAAGGAAACCGAGAUAGGUUUCAAUGUUAGUCCCAAGCUGGAUUUAGACAAAAAACACAUAAAUGGUGGAGCUUUUCUUCCAUUCUCCAAGGAUCGAAACUUGAAUCCAAGUCCGGUGUUAAGGGCUCUUUCUGACUUGGCCCUUGCUUCAACUGACAAAGAGAUGGAAGAUAAGAGGUGUUUGGAAACCGAGUCCAUAAAGGAAGUGAAGGUUAACAAUGGAGUUGGAGAAACUGAGCAAGGAAAGGGAGGUGGUUGUCCGACGGAUUCGCAAACCACCACUGCUACAACUAAUAGGAAGGCGAGGAGGUGUUGGUCGCCGGACUUGCACCGGAGGUUCGUGAAUGCUCUUCAGAUGUUAGGUGGUUCUCAAGGUAAUAAUAGACUUUGA